AUGGGAAACGAAAAUAUAGACUUGGAAAAUCUAAACAGUGCUUCAGAAAAACUAAAUACGGACUCAGCUAACGAUGUCGAUGUUUUGGAAAAAAUAUUAUCACAUGUUGGCAGCAUGGGACGGUAUCAACGAUUGCUCCUUAUUAUUAUGAUGCCUUUUGGAUACACCUAUGCUUUCCUUUACUUUGUGCAAAUAUUUAUAACUGUUACACCGCAGAACUAUUGGUGUAAAAUUCCUGAGCUGGCUAAUUUAAGUAUGGACUUAAGGCGAAAUUUAUCAGCACCUGGAACCGCUUGGGGCAGCUAUGAGCGAUGUGUGACAUUUGAUACAAAUUGGACAGAAGUGCUGGAUACUUUGACUGUUCCGCCGGCUGACACGGCACUGAUACCAUGCCCACAUGGCUGGGAGUUCGAAUUCAGCGAUAUACCUUAUGAAACUGUUUCCACAGAGAGAGAAUGGGUGUGCGAUCGAGCUAACUAUGCCCCCACCGCUCAAUCUGCGUUCUUUUGUGGAUCUAUAGUGGGCACUAUAUUGUCUGGAUGGCUGGCUGACCGCUUUGGCCGAGUACCCGCCCUUAUAG